CCUGGCCUGGUUGUGGGUUCCUCUUGUGGGCUUGAUUCAUAGUUCGGCCCAAUGGCUUUCCAACAUUAAUCCCGUUUAAGGGCUAAUCCCGUUAUGGGCUUUUGGGUUGUAUUUCCGCAGUUGGGCCAUGAUUGAAUCCCAUGGUACUAUCACGAGCCUCCCUACUCUCUGAAAUCAGCGAGGCUGGAUUUUAAGAGAGUAAUCGGAGCAAACAAUUUCAAAUUUGGAAUCUUUUGGGGUGAACUGUAGCGCUGCUCGCAUUAAAUGCGUCCGUCCUGACAUAGGCCUGCAACCCGGUACAGUUUCCAACCCGAUUUACCAUCUUCGGCACUCGAGUGUUAUCGUUGCGGUUUCCCAAGCGGUUUCCAAGCCCUAAUUCCUUAGCUAUUUAAACGCCCAAUCGUCUUUCGUUACGCUCUUCCGCAAUUUUCCUUUCCGCUUUGGCCUUCGUCUUCAAGCUUCAUCGGGUUAGUUUCCCUGAUGUCUUCUUCGAGUUAUGUUCCUCUGCACAACGUAUUCCCGACGCAGGGGCCACCUCCAACCGGCCCCGCAUCCCGGUGGACCUGGAUGGGAGGGAAACACACUUUUUCCUUUCUUGUGACUAUGCCCAGUAAGUCCCAGCUGUCGCUCUAUCUGACGUCGAAUUCGGCGAGGCGGUGGCCCUUGCGGGCCCUAGUGUAGCCUGUUCCCGCCCUUCACCUGGGCAGAACAUCGUGGACCCUCCCUCCCCUCUUCAUUUUGGGGUACAUCUAGCCAGUUUGUAAGUAGGCUUUCGAUGCCCUCUCUCUAAUGCCCAUUUGAGCGUUAUGGACUAUUAUGGCAUGAUUCCGGGUCAAUUUUCCCCAACUACCCAUAUGUUCAUAGCUGGGUUCCUGGCUCGGUGUCUGCGUUUAUGUAUUCGCCCUGCAAUCGAUCUCUUCCUCCAUUUCUUUCACUCUGUACGACCUGGUGGUUCUGAGUCCCCAGGAUACCUCUCGAUUUCUCAGCGGGCCGGCCAUCGUUUAUUCGAGGCCAAAUCCUAUCCCGACUCUUUCAAGGGUUGGAGGCAGAAAUGGGUCUAGGUCACCCCUGCAGGUGGCAGGCUGCAGUUUGAGAACAAGUGUGGGGAGAUGAUCCGGAAAUGGGUUAUACCUUUUCUGUCAGAGGGCAAUGCAGAGGCUGCCAAGGUGAUUACUGAUGGUGCGCCAUUUCUGAUGGGCCAUUACGUAGGUGAGGACAGAGUGGUUGUGCUUACUUUUUUGCCAGGUCGGCUUUGUUUGAGUUGUUGUUGACCUUUGAACUUUCAUCCUCUUAAUGUUCUCCCUCUGACUCGAUUUGUGUUUUUAACAGCGGGUGACAAGAUGGCUUCCCGACUGGAACGACUUGCGGCAAAGGUUGGUGCCACAUCCGGUCCCUUAGUUCCACUCAGGAAGAUCCAGACCCGGGGGACCAUUGGGGCUGCCUCGGAGAAGUUAGAGGAAUCCGUCCCUGGAGAUGGUGUUGGGCAUCUGAAUACGUCGGUCGUUGACCCUCAGCUCCCCAUUGGUAAGGGGGUUGGGAAGAGAAUGACACUCCGGCCUAUCUCCGGGCCCAAAAAGAAAGUAAAAGCUGCCGUUAAAUCCUCUGAGGAUGUUGUCGACGUGGAUUCUGACUCGGACGCCCAGUCCCAGGGAGGUGAUAAUCACGGUGAGACCCCGGGACCUAUCCAUUCUGUUCGCCUAUCCAUGAAGUCCCGCUCUGCCUCUCUGUUUCGCCACACCGUGAACCCGGUGUCGUUAGGCCUGGCUAUCACUCCUCCAAUUGAUAAAGAGGAGAUCCGGGGUUUGUCCCCCCAGACAGCCAUCCGACGCGCUGUCCACUCACUCUCUGAGGCCUUCAUUCUAGCUUCCUCAGGCUCCCGUCUUUUAGACAAGGGGCAGGACGAUGCCCAGACCCUGGUGUCUGGCCUCAAGGAACAGACUGCUGACUUGGGGAAGAGGCUGGAGGUGGCGGUGCAGAAGGGCGAGACGCUGCAAAAAAGGCUGAAUGACGUUAAGGCCGCGCAUCGGGUGAUGGAGGAGGAGCUGAUGAGGAAGGUCAAGGAAGCUGGUCCGACCACUGUCCAGGCCUUCAAGGAGAGUGCAGAUUUCCAGGCUGAGGUGGAACAUGCCAUCUUGGGCCGGAGAGAGGAGAUAGCACUAGGUUGGCUUCAGACCCCUGAAGGUGAAGCCAAGUUGGAUGAUGAGGGGGCCUUAUGCUUUCAACUGGGCCAAUACGGGAUGCAGAAGUCCUUGUAUGAACUCCUUGAAAAGAGAGACCUUUCAUUUUCUGCCCAGGCAUGAGGUCUUUCGGAGUUGAUGAAAAAUCCAGAGGCCCCUGAAGAGACCCGGCUGCCGACGCCCUUGCUCCUGAGGUUCCUCCUACUUAACCUGGCAACUGGUAGAACUUUCUCUGAUGACAUUUUAACAAACAUCUUUCCUAGGCAGCGCGUUUGCAGUUAUUUUCCACCCUUGGGGUGGCGUGUAAUGGACAUCUUAUACUUUCGCUCUAUUUCCUAUGCAUAGAUAUUUUGAU